AUGGGCCGAGUCGCACCGCCAAGGUGGCGGCUGCUGCUGGCAACCGUGACUCUGGCUCUCCUGGCCCCCGGCGCGCUGGCGGGCGUGAAGAAGCUGGACGCGCCGUGUGGCGGCAGAGACUGUAGCGGCGGCUGCCAGUGCUUCCCCGAGAAGGGGGGCCGGGGCCAGCCCGGGCCCGUGGGCCCCCAGGGUUACAGCGGCCCCCCCGGGCUGCAAGGAUUCCCAGGACUGCAGGGGCACAAAGGCAACAAGGGUGAGCGAGGCAUCCCGGGCUUCUUCGGACCCAAAGGAGAAGUGGGGGCCAGAGGCGUGUCAGGGUUCCCCGGAGCCGACGGAAUUCCUGGACACCCCGGACAAGGCGGCCCCCGAGGGAGGCCAGGCUACGACGGCUGCAAUGGCACACGAGGGGACGUGGGACAGAUGGGACCCUCAGGCCCCAGUGGGCCCCUGGGCUCUCCUGGACCCCAGGGACCUAAGGGACAGAAAGGGGAGCCCUACGCACUGUCUGAGAAGGAACGAGACAGAUACCGGGGGGAGCCUGGAGAGCCGGGGCUGGUCGGAUUCCAGGGGCCGCCCGGGCACCCCGGGCCCAUGGGACAGAUGGGUCCUGUCGGAGCUCCAGGAAGGCCGGGCCCACCUGGACCCCCUGGACCCAAAGGGCAGCCGGGUAACAGAGGACUUGGCUUCUACGGAGUGAAGGGGGAGAAGGGGGACAUGGGCCUGCCCGGGCCCAACGGCAGCCCCUCGGACAACGGCAUCCCCAUUGACGGGCCGACCAAAGACACCAUCCACCUGGACCAGUACAAGGGUGAAAAAGGCAUGGAGGGGGAGCCCGGCAGAAGGGGCGACUCCUUGAAGGGAGAGGAAGGCAUCGUGGGCUUCCCAGGAGCGCGGGGAACCUCCGGCUUCAACGGGGAGACGGGAGAGCCCGGGCAGAAGGGCUCCCGGGGACAGGAAGGCUUCCGAGGCACCCAUGGCACCCCCGGCCCCAAGGGAGAAGUGGGCGACCCUGGCCCCCCAGGACCCCCUGUCUACUCCCCUCAUCCGCCCCUGGCCAAAGGUGUCAAAGGAGACCAGGGGUUCCCAGGGGCUCACGGUGAGCCUGGCAGUCGGGGCCAGCCCGGAGACCAGGGCCCCCCAGGCCUCCCCGGCGCGCCCUUCAUCCAAGAAGACCAGAAGAGAGGCUUCCCCGGAGAGAUGGGACCCAAAGGCUUCCCCGGAGAGCCCGGCCCAUCAGCCUUCUUCCCCGGACCCCCCGGCAGAGACGGACAGCCUGGGCUCCAAGGCCCCCCCGGACCCCCAGGGCCCCCCGGACCAGACGGCUUCCUCUUCGGCCUCAAGGGAGCCCAGGGGCUGGAGGGCUUCCCUGGAGCCAACGGCAUCCCUGGGACCAGCGGGCAGAAGGGUUGGAAAGGUGACGCAGGUGACUGCAUGUGUGACGGACAGCAGGUCCUCAUGGGCUUCCCAGGGCUGCCGGGCCCCAAAGGCUUCCCAGGCCUCCAGGGGCAGGAGGGGCAGAAAGGGGACCAAGGGGACCCCGGGCAGCACGGCAUCCCAGGCUUCCCCGGCUUCAAGGGAGCCCCCGGCAAGUUCGGAGCCCCCGGUCCCAAAGGCGCAAAAGGGGACUCCAGGACGGUCACCGCCAAAGGGGAGCGUGGGCAGCCGGGCGUACCAGGGGUGCCCGGGCUGAAAGGCGGGGACGGCUUCCCCGGACGCGCUGGGCUGGACGGCUUCCCGGGACUGCCCGGGCCCCCGGGGGACGGCAUCCCAGGCCCCCCAGGAGACUCGGGCACCCCCGGGGCCACCGGCACCAAGGGCACGCCGGGAGAGAGGGGCCCCCCGGGCCCGGGCCUGCCGGGACCCAAAGGCCAGCAAGGCUUCCCCGGGGACGCUGGUGUCCCCGGCCUCCCCGGCUUCCCCGGCCCCCCCGGCCCCCCCGGAGCCCCAGGCACCAAAGGCCAGCCAGGGACACCCGGACCGUCCGGGGAUGACGGCGAGCCAGGACUCAAGGGCCUCCCUGGAGACCCCGGCCGGGAGGGCUACCCGGGACCCCCAGGAUUCGUGGGCCCCCGAGGAGCCAAGGGAGCCGCAGGCCUGCCCGGACCCAAGGGCCAUCCCGGACCCAGCGGCCUCCCGGGCCCCACCGGACCCCCCGGAGACAGGGGGCUCCCCGGAGAGGCUCUGGGCACCCAGCCCGGACCCCGCGGGGACGCUGGGCAGCCGGGACACCCUGGUCUGAGAGGCCCCCCCGGAGAGAGAGGUACCCCGGGAUUCAGAGGCAGCCAGGGCAUGCCGGGAAUGCCGGGCCUGAAGGGUCAACAUGGUCUCCCGGGCCCCCUGGGCCAGCCGGGCCUGCCCGGGCCUCCGGGACAACAUGGCUUCCCCGGGGCUCCCGGCCGAGAGGGGCCCCUGGGGCUGCCUGGAGUCACAGGUGUGGCAGGGCUGCCUGGUGACAGAGGAGAGCCAGGUGAUGCUGGUGCCCCCGGCCCCGUGGGCAUGAAGGGGACCCCCGGAGACCGAGGGACCCCCGGCUUCCUGGGCGAGCAAGGCCACCGCGGCAGCCCUGGCUUCAAGGGCAUGAGCGGCCUGCCCGGGAGUCCCGGGCCCAAAGGCGGCAGGGGCUCCCCCGGCAUGGACGGCUUCCAAGGCAUGGUGGGACUCCGGGGGAGGCCCGGCUUUCAGGGCGUCAAGGGAGAGGCCGGCGUCUUCGGAGCCCCCGGGCUGAAAGGACUGGCCGGGAAGCCAGGAGUCAAAGGCGGCCGAGGAGAACCCGGCCCCCCCGGCCCCCCCGGCCCCCCGCCCGAGGUCCUGCAGGGCAUGAAGGACAUGAAAGGAGAGAAAGGGGACGAGGGCCCCAUGGGGCUGAAGGGCCACCUGGGUCUGAAAGGUGUGGUGGGCAUGCCGGGAGUCCCUGGGGUGUCUGGGGUGCCAGGCUCGCCCGGGAGGCCCGGCCACGUGAAAGGCGUCAAAGGCGACGUCGGGGUCCCUGGCGUGCCCGGCCUGCCCGGGUUCCCAGGGGUGCCUGGCGCACCGGGGAUCGUCGGCUUCCCGGGCUUCACGGGAAGCAGGGGUGACAAGGGAGCCCCAGGAAGCGCAGGCUUAUACGGAGAGGUCGGCCCCACCGGGGACUUCGGUGACGUCGGAGACACCAUCAACCUGCCGGGGUCCCCAGGCCUGAAGGGGGAGCCGGGUGUCGUAGGGGCACCAGGUCUCAAGGGCUUCCUCGGCGAGAAGGGGACGGAAGGCCAGACCGGCUUCCCGGGGCUCACGGGCAUGACGGGCGCCCAGGGCCCCCCGGGGCUGAAGGGACAGACAGGCUUCCCUGGGCUGUCGGGGCACCGGGGGCCGCAGGGGGAGACCGGCCAGAGCGGAGAGCCGGGGGCCAAAGGGGACUCUGGACGGCCGGGGAGCCCGGGCCUCCCAGGCUUCCCAGGCCCGCAUGGUAUCAGUGGACUCCACGGCUUGCCAGGCAACAAAGGCUUCCCAGGGACGCCAGGCACGGACCUGCCCGGAGACCCUGGCCCCACAGGCCCCGCCGGCGAGAAGGGACAGGCGGGAGAGCCCAGCACGCUGCCAGGCCCCGUGGGCGCCCCAGGACCCAAGGGCGAGCGCGGCGCACCAGGUGAACAGGGCCCUGCCGGGAGUCCGGGACUCCAGGGGUUCCCCGGCAUCACCCCUGCUUCCAACAUCUCGGGGUCCCCCGGCGACCAAGGAGCACCCGGCAUAUUUGGACUGGAAGGCUAUCGGGGUCCCCCGGGCCUGCCCGGACCCGCCGCGCUGCCCGGAAACAAAGGAGAGGACGGACCGCAGGGCACCCCAGGGAGCCCCGGGACCAAGGGCUGGGGAGGGGACCCCGGACCCCAGGGCCGGCCAGGCGUGCUGGGUGUGCCCGGGGAGAGAGGACCCAGAGGUGAGCAAGGCUUCAUGGGAAACACCGGAGCCACGGGCAGCGUGGGUGACAGAGGCCCCAAGGGCCCCAAAGGAGAGCGCGGACAGCCCGGUGCCCCCGGCCCACUAGGGUCCCCCGGGAUCGCGGGGGUUCCCCAGAGGAUCUCGGUGCAGCCGGGCCCAGCAGGCCCCCACGGGCCGAGAGGCCCCCCAGGGGCGCAGGGAGAGACGGGGCCGCAGGGCCCUCCCGGAGAGCCAGGCUUCCGAGGGGCCCCCGGGAAGGCCGGGCCCCAGGGCCGAGGAGGGGUGUCUGCUGAGCCCGGAUUCCGCGGGGACCCAGGGCCUGUGGGCCACCAGGGCCCCACCGGCCAUGAAGGGGAGCCAGGCCGUCCGGGGGCUCCGGGGGUCCCGGGCAUGCCCGGCCGCAGCGUGAGCAUCGGCUACCUGCUGGUGAAGCACAGCCAGACGGAGCAGGAGCCGCCGUGCCCCGUGGGCAUGGUCAAGCUGUGGAGCGGCUACAGCCUGCUGUACCUGGAGGGCCAGGAGAAGGCCCACAACCAGGACCUCGGCCUGGCGGGCUCCUGCCUGGCGCGCUUCAGCACCAUGCCCUUCCUCUACUGCAACCCCGGCGACGUCUGCUACUACGCCUCCCGCAACGACAAGUCCUACUGGCUGUCCACCACCGCGCCGCUGCCCAUGAUGCCCGUGGCCGAGCGGGACAUCGCGCCUUACAUCAGCCGCUGCUCCGUGUGCGAGGCGCCCGCCGUGGCCAUCGCCGUGCACAGCCAGGACGCCUCCAUCCCGCACUGCCCCGCCGGCUGGCGCAGCCUCUGGAUCGGCUACUCCUUCCUCAUGCACACGGCGGCGGGUGACGAAGGCGGCGGCCAGUCCCUGGUGUCGCCGGGCAGCUGCCUGGAGGACUUCCGGGCCACUCCGUUCAUCGAGUGCAACGGGGCGCGGGGGACGUGCCACUACUACGCCAACAAGUACAGCUUCUGGCUGACCACCAUCCCCGAGUCCGACUUCCAGGCGGCGCCCGCGGCCGACACGCUCAAGGCCGGCCUCAUCCGCACCCACAUCAGCCGCUGCCAGGUCUGCAUGAAGAACCUGUGAGCCCCGCCCCCGCGCGGCCACGCCCCGGCCACGCCCCCGGCCCGGGCCAGUCACGCUCCCGCGCCGGGCCACGCCCCACACCCAGGCCACGCCCCCGGCCUGGGGACCAGUCGGGGCCUCCCUGCGGAAGGCCACGCCCCCGGGCCGGCCACGCCCAUCGCGGCCACGUGGGCCCUGUGACUGCGGGUCCCCCCGAGGCCACCCUGGGCCCCCGCCAGCAGGGUCCCUCACGGUGCUCUGGGGCGGCAGCGCCCCUCCUCACUGUCCCCAUGGACUUGCUGCCGCCCGUCCAUUCGAGGACCCAGUCGGCAGGCCCCCGCCUGCGUCCCCUUCGCGACCAGCUGUCCCCUCCCUGCCCGGUGGGGCAGGACCGGGGGCCUCCAGCCCCUCUGUCCUGUGGAGCGACCCUCAAUAAAGCCAUGUGGCCUUUCCA